AUGCAGCGCUCACUGCCCUGUCUCCUUGGUGGCCUUGUAAGAGUUGUUCCAGAUCUUCUCACAGAGCUCAGCUGGGGUUGGAAAAUAGUGAGGGAAAGGGCGACAGAGGGCCAGGGCAGAACAAUCGUUCUUACCUGGGCUCCAGGCAGAAUCUUUGUUCCAGGCAGAUUUGCAGAUCAACAUCUUUCUUUUCUUUUACGCAAAGUUAUAGAAUGGUGGUGGCUAGGGCUGCUGGCUGCAACCGUGGUCCAGACUGAAAGGGAGCUGCUCAAUAUUUGUAUGGAUGCUAAACACCACAAGAAGGAACCAGGACCUGAAAAUGAGCUCCAUGAACAGUGUAUUCCCUGGAAGGAUAAUGCCUGCUGCACUGCGAACACAAGCUGGGGAAUUCACAUGGACAUGUCUCCUCUAUACAUUUUCAACUUUGGACAUUGUGGUGUGGUGACCCCCAGCUGUAAGAAGCAAUUUAUCCAAGAUGCCUGCCUCUAUGAGUGUUCCCCAAACCCGGGACCCUGGAUCCAGAAGGUGAAGUCAAGUUGGAGGAAGGAGCGUGUCCUGAAUGUGCCUCUUUGCUGGGAAGAUUGUAAAGAAUGGUGGGAAGACUGCCGUACCUCUUUUACCUGCAAAUCUGCCUGGAACAAAGAUUCUGCCUGGAGUCCAGGUAAGAAUGAUUGUUCUGCCCUGGCCCUCUGUCGCCCUUUCCCUCACUAUUUCCCAACCCCAGCUGAGUUCUGUGAGAAGAUCUGGAACAACUCUUACAAGGCCACCAAGGAGAGACUGGGCAGUGGGCGCUACAUUCAGAUGUGGUUUGACCCUGCCCAAGGCAAUCCCAAUGCAGCUGCUCUAUGCAAACCGCGCUGUUCCCCAGAAACUCCCCCUCAUCACAACUGUGGUUGUGAUAAUUUAUGA